AUGGGGCCCCUGAGCAGUCAGAUACUGCAAUGCAGGGAAUCAGGCACAGUUAAUUCGAAGUCGCCAGAAGUUAAGGCGGGCCCCAGUUAUAUAUCUGGCAGCCAUAAACGCAAGCAGAGCCAUGGGCCCAGCUUGAGCCCGGAAUCUGAGAUCAGCCAAAGGUCUUUAGACGAGGAGGAUCUACAGCAUGUAGUCAGCACAAGCCAGGGUAAAAAAGUUAAGAUUGCAUCUGAGUAUGCUUACCAAACUUUAUUUUUGCAUGGGGAAACAAGUGAUGUUAAAGUUCGUGCCCUUGGGAAAGUAUGAUGUUUACACAAAAUGUUUUUAUGUCAGUCAAGCUACUUUGCUACUAUGUUUAGAGAUUCUUGGGAAGAAUCGCAUAAAGAUAUUAUUGACCUGGAGAUUAAUGACCAGAAUAUAGAUGUAGAUUCCCUGCAUUUUGUACUAGGCUCAUUGUAUAGGGAUAAAUACAUCUUAAUGUGUCCCCUUCAAAUUCCACGAGUUUUGGCAACAGCAUGCCUGUUUCAAGUAGAAGAAUUAAUUCAGCAGUGUGAUGAGACCAUGAAGAGAACAAUUAAUGCAAAAACUGUAUGUGGCUAUUAUGCAGCAGCAGAGACCUAUGGGUUAGAUUCUGUCAAGACAGGGUGCUUUGAAUGGCUUCUCCACAAUUUGAUGACACAUCCAAGUGUUGAACUUUACAAAGAACUCAGUAUAGAUCUCAUGAAUCUUCUCAUUUCUUCUUCUAAUUUAUUAGUAAUGCAGAAAGAAAGAGUAUAUACCACACUUCAAGAGUGGAUAUUCCUUCGCCUUAAUCCAGCUUGGAAAGGCUCAAUGAAACAGCUUUUAGCUAAUGCAAACAACUGGUUUUCUAGGCACAAGGAAUAUGUUGGUAACAUUUCCUUUCUUGAAUCCAAACAAGGCAUACCUUUCCAACCAGUGUUUAAAAACUUAAGAUUUCGGCAUAUCAUCUCUGACCUGGCCUCCACAAGAGUUAUUGAACAAGAUACUCUGAUACCUUCAAAAUGCUUAUCUGUUUAUAAACAACAAUGGUUUACCUUGCUUAGAGCACAAUAAUAUAGGGAAAUUGGGCCUCAAAACAUCAAUGAAACAGAACUUGAAGAACAUAGCAUGAGAUGCGGUAAGAGGAUUGUCAAAGAUGGAAAAUACUCCUGGAAGUGGUCAGGUUACAACUUUGGCUUUCCCUUACAUGUCAUCUUCACCAGCCAUUAUAUAAUUUUCAAGCAAAAUACUUUCAGUCAGCCAUGUGACAGUUCCAUUUCUCUACAACCUCUAAGAAAUAUUGCAUUCAGAUUAACUUUGGUAUAUUUUGAUUCUGGUGGAAAACUAAGUUUCAUCAAAACAACUGAUUACAAAAUACUUACCUUUGAAAAGGAUGAGGAGCAAGUGGUCAUGAAGUUGGAUAGCGCAGUUCUGAGCUUCCCUUUAUAUAUAUUCUGUAACUUCUUGUUUCUGUCAUUAGAAAAUCCAGGAAAUUGA